AGGAAGCAGGGACUCAGAGAAGAGUCAGCUCAGGGCAUCCCAGCCCUGGAGCAACCAGUGUUUGUGGGGAGCAGGGGCCUAGGCCCCCCACCAUGCUGCCUCUCGUGCUGCUGCUGCUGGGCCUCCUGGAGCCCAGGCCUGCCCAGGGGCUCCCCCUGUACACACGCCUGCCCCCCACCACCCUGCAAGCGCUGUCCGCCCAGGGCACCCGGGUCCUGCAGGCCGCCCGCAGGAGCGCACAGUGGGCGGUGAACCGCGCGGCCCUGGAGCUGCAGCACAGCCUGCACGAGUGCGGGGACUGUGCCAACCGCACCGUUGCGUGUCCGGCAGGACCUGGGUCUCCCAAGCCUCAAGCCACCCUUCUCCAGGAUGCCUCCGAGCCAGGACCCUGUGGGAAGCGGCACCCCGGCUCUGUGAACGUGACGCGCGCCCACGGACGCAUUGUGGGGGGGCGUGCGGCGCCCCCCGGGGCCUGGCCCUGGCUGGUGAGGCUGCAGCUCGGCGGACAGCCCCUGUGUGGGGGCGUCCUGGUGGCGGCGGCCUGGGUGCUCACCGCGGCGCACUGCUUCGCUGGCGCCUCCAACGAGCUGCUGUGGACUGUGACGCUGGCUGCAGGGCACCGGGGAAAGCCGGCUGAGGAGGUGCGGGUGAACCGCAUCGUGCCCCACCCAGAGUUUGACCCACAGACCUUCCACAACGACCUGGCCCUGGUGCAGCUGUGGACCCCCGUGAUCCCCGGCGGAGCGGCGCGCCCCGUCUGCCUGCCCCAAGUCUCCCGGGAGCCCCCUGUUGGCACCACAUGUGCCAUCGCAGGCUGGGGUGCUCUCUUCGAAGACGGGCCUGAGGCUGCGGUGUUGCGGGAAGCCCGCGUGCCCCUGCUCAGCGCCCACACUUGCCAGCGGGCCCUGGGCGCCGGCCUGCACGCCAGCACCAUGCUCUGCGCCGGCUACCUGGCGGGCGGCAUCGACUCGUGCCAGGGAGAUUCGGGGGGGCCCCUCACCUGCUCCGAGCCUGGGCCCAGCCCAAGGGAGGUCCUGUACGGCGUCACAUCCUGGGGGGACGGCUGCGGGGAGCCAGGGAAGCCUGGGGUCUACACUCGCGUGGCUGUGUUCAAGGAUUGGCUCCAGGAGCAGAUGAGUGCCUCCCCUUCCAGCCGCGAACCCAGCUGUAUGGAGCUUCUGGCCUGGGAGCCGUCCGGGGAACCUCGAGCAGACGCCGCGCAGCCCUGCGCCUUCUACUCUCGGCUGUGCCCCGGGUCCGAGCGCGCAUGCGUACACCUGGCGCUCCAGCAGUGCCUGCAGCGCCGUGGACGAGCUACGCGCUCUGGCGCACACCCUGCUGGACCUGCUGCGGGGCGCCCAGGAUGUGCUCGGCCUGCACCCCGGGAGGCGCCUCGCCCCGCCCGCCUCGCCCGCCCCGCCGCCCCGGGAGCCUCCCAGGCGCGCCGCCCGCGAGCAGUGGCUGCACGCAGGGUCGCGCGCUGCAGGAAUGAGGCUCCGGAAUCCCGGGCCCGAGCGGCACGAGGGAAAGGAUGGCUGCUCCGGGCUGGCGUCCUUGAAACAGAAACUGGCCAAGCUGGAAGCCACCCACGCCUGGAUCCUGCGGGUCCCCGAGGAGCGCCUGGUCAUGGACUUCCAGGAGACAGCUGGGGUCUGAACGAGGAGGAGCGGCUCAUCCGGCACCUGUUCCAGGAGAAGGCCUAUGACAAGAAUCUGCGGCCGGUGGAGCACCAGGGCCAGAGCGUGGACAUCUCGCUGUCCCUCACACUCUCCAACCUCAUCUCCCUGAAAGAAGUGGAGGAGACUCUGACCACAAACGUGUGGAUUGAGCACGGCUGGACAGACAGCCGCCUGCAGUGGGACAAGGAGGAAUUUGGGAACAUCAGCAUCCUGCGCCUGCCCCCGGACAGGGUGUGGCUCCCUGAGAUCGUACUGGAGAACAACAAUGAUGGCUCCUUCCAGAUCUCCUAUGCCUGCAACGUGCUCAUCUACCCCACGGGCUGGGUCUACUGGCUGCCCCCCGCCAUCUUCCGCUCCUCCUGCCCCAUCACCGUCACCUACUUCCCCUUCGAUUGGCAGAACUGCUCCCUCAAGUUCAGUUCGCUCAAGUACACCGCUAAGGAGAUCACGCUGAGCCUGAAGCAGGAGGAGAAGGAUGGACGCACCUACCCCGUGGAGUGGAUCGUCAUCGACCCCGAGGGCUUCACAGAGAACGGAGAGUGGGAGAUAGUGCACCGGCCAGCCAGGAUCAAUGUGGACCCCAGCAUCCCCCGGAACAGCCCUGGCCACCAGGCUGUCACCUUCUACCUCAUCAUCCGCCGGAAGCCACUCUUCUACGUCAUCAACAUCCUUGUGCCCUGUGUGCUCAUCUCCUUCAUGGUUAACCUGGUCUUCUACCUGCCAGCCGACAGUGGUGAGAAGACGUCGGUGGCCAUCUCAGUCCUUCUUGCCCAGUCUGUCUUCCUGUUGCUCAUCUCCAAGCGGCUGCCUGCCACAUCCAUGGCCAUUCCGCUGAUCGGCAAGUUCCUGCUGUUUGGCAUGGUGCUGGUGGCUAUGGUCGUGGCAAUCUGCGUCAUCGUGCUCAACAUCCACUUCCGCACUCCCAGCACCCACGUGCUGUCUGAGGGGGUCAAGAAGCUCUUCCUGGAGAAGCUGCCUGUGUUUCUGCGCAUGUCCCGGCCAGCAGAGGAUGCGCGGGGCCCCGGGUCCCUGGUCCGCAGGAGCAGCUCCCAGGGCUACAUCUCCAAGGCCGAGGAGUACUUCUCCCUCAAGUCCCGCAGUGACCUCAUGUUCGAGAAGCAGUCAGAGCGGCACGGACUGGGCCGGCGACUCACCACUGCACGUCGACCCCCAGUAAGCUCCGAGCAGGCCCAGCAGGAGCUGUUCAGCGAGCUGAAGCCCGCCGUGGAUGGGGCCAACUUUAUCAUCAACCACAUGCGGGACCAGAACAACUACAAUGACGAGAAGGACAGCUGGAACCGCGUGGCCCGCACGGUGGAUCGGCUCUGCUUGUUCGUGGUGACGCCCAUAAUGCUGGUGGGCACGGCCUGGAUCUUCCUGCAGGGUGCCUACAACCAGCCCCCCACCCAGCCUUUCCCAGGGGACCCCUUCUCCUACCAGGAGCAGGACAAGCGCUUCAUCUAGGGGGACUUGGUAUCAGAGAGAGGGUGGGGGGUGGAUCUAUGGUUGACUGGAGUGAAUUCUGGUUCCAUGACACCAGCCCAGCUGAUGUUGUCUUGGGGUCAAGGUCAAAGGCAAGGAGAAGGUCUGACCAGCUUUUCCACUGGGGGCCAGGCCUCAGAUAAGACCAUCAAAGAGGACUGUGGGAACAGUUUGUGGGGAACCGGAGGCUGUCUCAGGGGCCAGGGGAGAUGCUACCUCAGCUGCAUCUAGGGGGCCCCUCCCCAGUGGGUCAGGAAGACAGAAGCUCCUUGCCCCCUCCCCCAGAUGGGGGUAGAACGGGAGACGUCUUUUCCCACUGACCUCUCUGAUCUGGCCUCUGAGUUCUCACUGCCACCCAGGUUGGGGGGCACCUCCUAUCCUGGACCCCUCAAGAAAGCAGGAGAGCACUGGGGUAUAGGGGGCCCUUCCCCAGUCCUUUCUGCCCCAGCCACUUUGUGUCAGCCCCUCUGGGAGCUGAGCACUGCAGUGAAGGGUCAGGCUCAGCACAGAGACUGUCAGUAUCACACACAUGACUCUAGAGCCCCGGAACUCAGCCUCCCCAUCCCCCAGAACCCUCUAACAUCCUUCUCAGGUACAAAACCCUUCUCCCCAAACAAGGGGUCCCUGGUAGUGUUUGGGGCAUGCUCCUUAUUCAUCUGAAAUCCACACUAACUCAGUAUCCUGAACUGUCAUUUAUGAAGCCAGCUGCCACAGGGAACAGCCCCACAGCCCACGGGGUGGGGGGGGUAGGACUCCCUACCAACACCCCUCGAGUAAACUUGAAGCACCUGUCCCAGUCCCAGUGGGGUCCUCAGAUGACACCACA